GCUCGGCCCCGCGAGGCGCGUCUCCCUCGCGAGCUCGGUGAAAGGAUUUGGCGCCAGGCGGGUCCGCUCUGCAGCUGCCGCAGCCGCACGAACCAGCCGCGCCACCCACCCAGCCGCCUCCCGCCGGGGCCUCGACCCAGCGCCGCCGCCGCCGUCCGCCCCAGCACAGCGUCGCCCUCCCCCCGCCGCCCAGGGAUCGAGCCGCCGCCGCCAUGAGCUGCUCGCCCGUGAACGUGAAGAAGCUGAAGGUGUCGGAGCUGAAGGAGGAGCUGAAAAAGCGGCGCCUCUCCGAUAAGGGCCUCAAGGCCGAGCUCAUGGAGCGGCUCCAGGCCGCGCUAGACCAAGAGGAGGCCGGCGGGGGAGGCCCCGCCAGCAGCGCAGUCGAGCCUGGCAACGGCAGCAUGGAGGGGGAGGCGGCCGAGAGCGGCGGGGGCGCCUCGCAGCUCCACCAGGGGGGAGGCCCCGACCAGGCCGCGGCCUCCACCGCGGAGGACGACGACGAGGAAGGGCUGGAGGCCGCCGAUGGCGACGCCAUGGAGCUGGGCGAGGAGAACGGCGAGCGGGCGGGGGCCGGGGGCGGCCCCAUGGAAGAGGAGGCGGGCGGCGAGGAGGAGGAAGAGGAGGAGGAGGAGGAUGAGAACGGAGACGACCAGGGAUUCCAGGAGGGGGAGGACGAGCUCGCCGACGAGGAGGAGGCUGCGGCCGGGGACGCCAACGGGCACGGGGAGCAGCAGCCGCAGCAGCCCCAGCCGCAGCAGCAGCCCCCGCCGCUCCUCCAGCCACGCGGCGCCGCCAAGGAAGCCCCCGGCAAAAGCGCCAGCGGCGCCUCGGGGCCCCCGGCGGCGGCCGCCUCCGGCCCGGCGGGCCCCGCCAAGCAGCAGCAGCAGCAGCAGAAGAAAGCGGAAGGCGGCGGUGGCGGCGGCCGCCCCGGGGCCCAGGCCACCGGGGGAGACACUAAAACGGAACAAAAACCUGGUGAAAAGAAGAGAGGAGUGAAGAGACCACGUGAAGACCAUGGCCGUGGAUAUUUUGAAUACAUUGAAGAAAAUAAAUACAGCAGGGCCAAGUCCCCUCAACCACCUGUUGAAGAAGAAGAUGAACAUUUUGAUGAUACAGUGGUUUGUCUUGACACUUAUAACUGUGACCUGCAUUUUAAAAUCUCAAGAGACCGGUUUAGUGCUUCCUCUCUGACCAUGGAAAGCUUUGCUUUCCUUUGGGCUGGAGGGAGAGCCUCCUAUGGAGUUUCCAAAGGCAAAGUCUGCUUUGAGAUGAAGGUUACAGAAAAGAUUCCUGUUAAACACCUGUAUACAAAAGACAUUGACAUACAUGAAGUACGAGUUGGCUGGUCACUGAACACAAGUGGAAUGUUGCUUGGUGAAGAAGAAUUUUCUUAUGGGUAUUCUCUAAAAGGAAUAAAGACAUGCAAUUGUGAGACUGAAGACUUUGGUGAGAAGUUUGAUGAAAAUGAUGUGAUUGGAUGUUUUGCUAAUUUUGAUGGUGACGAAGUGGAACUCUCAUACUCCAAGAAUGGACAAGAGCUUGGUGUUGCGUUCAAAAUAAGUAAGGAGGUUCUUGAUGGGCGACCACUCUUCCCACAUGUUCUCUGCCAUAACUGUGCAGUUGAGUUCAACUUUGGUCAGAAGGAGGAACCUUACUUUCCUGUACCUGAAGAAUACACCUUCAUCCAGAAGGUCCCCCUGGAGGAUAGGGUCCGAGGACCAAAGGGACCUGAGCAAAAGAAGGAUUGCGAGGUGGUGAUGAUGAUUGGCUUGCCUGGAGCUGGCAAGACUACAUGGGUUACCAAACAUGCAGCAGCAAAUCCUGGGAAAUACAACAUUCUUGGGACAAAUACUAUUAUGGACAAAAUGAUGGUUGCAGGUUUUAAGCGGCAGAUGGCGGACACUGGAAAACUUAACACGCUGUUGCAGAGAGCUCCACAGUGUCUUGGAAAGUUCAUUGAGAUUGCAGCUCGUAAGAAGCGGAAUUUCAUUUUGGAUCAGACAAAUGUGUCUGCAGCUGCGCAGAGGAGAAAAAUGUGCCUGUUUGCAGGCUUCCAGCGCAAAGCAGUUGUUGUUUGCCCAAAAGAUGAAGACUACAAGCAAAGAACACAAAAGAAGGCAGAGGUGGAGGGAAAAGAUCUUCCAGAGCAUGCAGUUCUCAAAAUGAAAGGGAACUUCACACUGCCAGAGGUAGCAGAAUGUUUUGAUGAAAUAAUCUAUGUAGAGUUGCAAAAAGAAGAAGCUCAGAAGCUUUUGGAACAAUAUAAAGAAGAAAGUAAGAAAUCUCUUCCACCAGAAAAGAAGCAGAACACUGGCUCAAAGAAGAACAAGAAGAGCAAUAAAAAUCAAUUUAAUAGGGGUCAGAGAGGACGUGGAGGAUUCAACAUGCGGGGCAACUUCAGAGGAGGAGUCCCUGGCAAUCGUGGUGGAUACAACAGGAGGGGAGGCAACAUGCCUCAGCGAGGUGGUGGAGGUGGCGGUGGUGGCGGUGGCAGCAGUGGUGCAGUUGGCUACCCAUAUCCUCGUGGCCCUGUCUUUCCAAGCAGAGGUGGCUACUCAAACAGAGGAAACUAUAACAGAGGUGGAAUGCCCAACAGGGGAAACUACAACCAGAACUUCAGAGGAAGGGGAAAUAAUCGUGGCUACAAAAACCAAUCUCAGGGCUACAACCAGUGGCAGCAGGGUCAAUUCUGGGGUCAGAAGCCAUGGAGUCAGCAUUAUCACCAAGGAUAUUAUUGAAUACCCAAAUAAAUGAACUGAUACAUAUUUCUUCAAAACCUUCACAAGAAGUCGACUGUUUUCUUUAGUAGGCUAACUUUUUAAACAUUCCACAAGAGGAAGUGCCUGCGGGUUCCUUUUUUAGAAGCUUUGUGGGUUGAUUUUUUUCUUUUCUUUUUUUGUACAUUUUUAAUUGCAGUUUUAAAGUGAUUCGUAAGAGAACCUCAGCAUUGUGCACGAUAAGAGAAUGUGUCAGUAUUUCAGGGUUCUACAUUUUAUCUGUAAAAUGUGACUUUUUUUUUACCACAACAAAAGUAAAACGUUGCUUUGUACCUGGUGUCUUUUUAUUAAAAAAUUUUCUCCUUUUUCCCCAUUCCCCAAUUUCUAAGAAACAGUCGUGAGUCAUGUCACAAUACGAUAGAAAUGUUAGCAACCAGAUUCGUAUGGAGGCUCCUUAGCCCUCAUAAAUACCAUGAGACUAUGUAAAGCUCCAUAUUACACUCCAUCCUCUCUGUGAAGCUUCUGGGUGGGGAGGGGAGGAGGGGGAGGUAAAAGUUUCUGGCAAUAACUAGGACUUUUUUUUUGUAACAUUUGGAACUCAAUAAGAUGUUGGGGGCAAAGAGGAAACCUGGGGCUAAAUAGCGAAGGUGGAGUGUAUGUAGAAGCUCUUAAAGUUGUAAAACUUGGUUGCAUUAUUUGUGGAGGCUCAAACUUGUGAAGGUACAACACCAUAAUUUCUUUUCCAUUUGUUCUGCAUUUUGAUUCUGAAAAGAAGCUGGCUUUGCCCAUUUCUUAUUAAACAAAACUUGUUGUAAAUCCAGUUGUCUAAUGGGAUCUAUAUGAAGUUAGCUGUGUGUCUGUAUAACUCUUUUUUCCCCACAAAAUACUGUAUACCUAGUGUGCUUGUAGUAGUUACUCCACCAUUUUGUAAGCUAAUGAAACUGUGAGUCACCCAUUUUAUAUCUAAUUUUUAAUCAUGUCAAUUCUCAAAUGGGUGUAUCUCCUUAGCCUGCUGAUUCCUUUUCUCUUUAAAGAAAGUGGGUGGAGAAAUUUAACUCUAGACGUUUGUUUGCAAUAAAAUAAAUUCAUUUUA